AUGCCUCCAAAAUUCGAUCCAAGUGAAGUUAAAUUCAUUUACUUAAGAGCCGUCGGUGGUGAAGUUGGUGCUUCUUCUGCAUUAGCCCCAAAGAUUGGUCCUUUAGGUUUAUCCCCAAAGAAGGUCGGUGAAGAUAUCGCCAAGGCCACCAAGGACUUCAAAGGUAUUAAGGUUACCGUUCAAUUGAGAAUCCAAAACAGACAAGCUGCUGCUUCUGUUGUUCCAUCUGCUUCAUCUUUAGUCAUCACUGCCUUGAAAGAAGCCCCAAGAGACAGAAAGAAGGAAAAGAACGUCAAGCACUCCGGUAACAUUCCAUUAGAAGAAAUCUACGAAAUUGCCAGACAAAUGAGAGAAAAGUCUUUCGGUAAGACCUUAGCUUCAGUUACUAAAGAAAUUUUAGGUACUGCUCAAUCAGUUGGUUGUCGUGUUGAAGGUAAAAACCCACAUGACAUUAUUGAAGCCAUCAACGAUGGUGAAAUUGAUGGUAUGUCUAGUAUGGCUUGA